CCCACGAUGACGAUGAUUAAUGACAACACACACAUUGCGGUGAGCUCUUCACAUACCAUAACAACCUCUGUAUUUGUCCAGCCUCCCAAAGACUAACCCCCAUCUCAAAAUGUCAUACAACACCGUCGGCAUCGUAACCGGCGCGAACAAGGGCAUCGGCCUCGCCAUAGUUCGCCAGCUCGCCCUCCAGUACCCAAAGUCCCCGCUCAGCAACGGAUCCUUCCUCAUCUACCUCACGGCACGCGACCAAGGACGCGGCGAAGCAGCAGUCAAAGACCUCCAACAAGACGCCCAGCUCAAGCAGGCCAAAGCACUCCAAGCCGACGGCGGACCCUCCGAGAUCAAGUUCCGCGCGCUCGACAUCACAGAUGAAGAGAGCGUGAAGAGUUUCGUAGCGCACCUCAAACAGACGCAUAGCGAUGGCAUAAAUUUCAUAAUCAACAAUGCCGGCAUCGCAAUGGAAGGCUUCAAUGCAAACGUCGUAAAAACAACCCUCCACUGCAACUACUACUCCACCCUGCAAACCUGCCACUCCAUCCUCCCGCUCCUAAAACCCCACGGCCGCAUCGUAAACCUCGGCAGCAUGUCCGGCCACCUAUCCAAAUACUCGCCCGAGAUCCGCGACCGUUUCCUAGCCUCCAAGUCCGAAGACGACGUGUCAUCCAUCAUGCAGGACUUUGCGUCCGCGGUUGAAGCCGGCAAGGAGAAAGACGCUGGGUUCCCGAGCGCGGCGUAUGCCGUGUCGAAGGCGGGGCUGAUUGGGGGGUCUAGGGCGCUUGCGAGGGUGCUGAAGGAGAGUGGGAGUAGCGUGCUGGUUAAUAGCUGUUGUCCUGGCUAUGUCAAUACGGAUAUGACGAAGGGGAAUGGGACGAAGACGCCGGAUGAGGGCGCACUGACGCCGGUUUUGCUGGCGAUUCAGGAUAUUCAGGGGAGGACGGGGGAGUUUUGGCAGAAUGAGAAGGCUAUUGAGUGGUAGUGGGAGGUUGGUGUAUGGGUAUGUUACUCUGGUUGUUGUAGGUUAGUGAUACAUGAUGAGUGUAAGCUGUGUGAGUUAUCGUCUACAGAUGGCUUGUUUUGUACAUUAUGAACGCUGUGUUGAAGUAUCGCGGUUAGACCCAGGGAAGCAUACUGUAUAUCUCAUUCUCUCCGGUGAUGUUCAACUUUGGGAUAAGGAAGACCCAUCCAAAAGACAUAACCACAAGUUGACAUGAAUACGGAAACGAUUAU